GAUUUGCUUCCUCUCGUCACGUUCUCUUGUUUUUGGGGGGUUAUUUUCUUCUACGCUCACCAUCAAAGACAGGAUCGUCAAUUGCCUUGCCUACCCCUCUCUCUCUCUCUCUCUCUAGGUACUUCUUCUCUUCCCCCAAUUAUUACAUUUUUUUUCUUACCAAAUCGAUUAGCAUUCGAGUCAACUGUAUUUUCUUGAUGGUAAAAGCAUAUAAACAAGAGCAUGUCUACAAGCAUCCGUGGGAGCGGGUGAGUGCUGCCUCCUGGAGGAAGUUUGCUGACCCUGAAAACAAACGCAUCCUUUCCCAUAUCCUCGAAGUCGACACCUUGAACCGCAAACUCGACACUGUCACCGGGAAACUCCACACCACCCGUGCACUCACCAUUCAUGCUCCCGGUCCUUGGUUCCUUCACCGGAUCAUAGGCCAGGACAUCUGUCACUGUGUUGAAUCUACUGUUGUGGAUGCCAAAUCACGUUCUAUGCAGCUUACAACAAAGAACAUUACUCUCAAAAAGUUCAUUGAAGUGGAGGAGAGGAUAAGAUACGAUCCUCAUCCAGAAAAUCCGUCGGCCUGGACGGUUUGUAGCCAGGAGACAAGCAUUCGAAUCAAACCCUUGUCGGCUCUGGCCUCAAUGGCUGAGAAAGUUGAGCAGAAGUGCGCCGAGAAGUUCAUGCAAAACAGCGUGAAAGGGCGAGAGGUUAUGGAGAGGAUUUGUAGGUAUAUGGAAGCAGAGUCCGCUCCAGUCUGAAGAUCCAAACCUAUUGUAAGAUUCCAGUAUCUUGGCGUUUGGUAUUAUUUUUGUAGUAAUUCAAGAGGACUACAUGUUGGAGUCAUGGUAGUAAUAAAAUCUAUGAGACAGUUAAGAUCAAGUUGCUGUUUCUUUUUUUUUUCAGCUACUUCUCUGGUUUGUGUUAGCAACGAAUGUUGUUGAGCAGAGAAGCUUUUUAUCCAAUUUUGAUUUUAAGUCA